AAAGAAAAUGGCUGUUCCAUCCCAAGCAAACGUUGACGAUGUGAUGCUAUUGGCGAAAGACAUCCUUGAUAUGGUUGAACCUUCUCUAAAGGAAAAGUCAGAGGCCGAGCGAAAAGAGAUUGAUGAUAUUAUGAGAAAAUGCGUCUCAAAGGAAAUUCAGUUGACCAACGCCCUUGGCGAUAUUUCAGAAAUGCCAGAUGAAGAAGUUUUUGGGAAGAUGAAAACACUUCUGUCGGAUGAUGAUUUUAAGAUGAUAUCUGGAUAUGUCGACCAAGAGACAUAUACAAUGGACAUCAAGGGAUCAGAAGCAACUGUACAGCGCGGAGGCCAAAAAUUCCUUGAAUCUGUCCAACUGACCUCGCUGGCAAGCAUCACAGAUUCAUCGACAGUCCAAAUCGUUAGUCUUGUUGUUGAAUGCGUAUUAUUUGUCGUGGGCUGCAUUGGUAUUAAAGUCCACAUUAAAGAGUCCGUCUUGCGAAAGAUCAUCACAGAAGUCAUGCCUGCAAUGAAACAGCCUGCUUUCCAACGAAUCAUAAAUACAUUCCUUAGGUCCUGGAAGAAUGGAAGUGCCCUGGAUAAAGCAAAAGCUAUUUUCAAUCUAGUAAAGGAAACCAAUUCCCUUGGCAUUUUCUGGAAAAUCAUUAAAAUGGCUUUUAAGGAAAUGAGAUGGUGGGAGUAUGCAAGAGCUAUAGCAGAAAUCACCGCUUUGAUUAUUGCUGCAUUUGCCACCGGGGGUGCUGCUCUGGUUGCCAAAAUUGCUCUCUCCGUCAGCGAUGCGGUCAACAUAACGAGGAAAGUAAUCAACCUUGCUCAAUUGCAAGAUAUGGCUAAAGCUUUUUAAAAAAAUAAUUGGCUUGAAAUUGACAGGAAAGACUAUUUAAAGACGGAUU